AAUCGAAGAUAUGUUGGAUGCUAGAUUAGGAAUGAUCUGGUUAAAACUAUUAACAAGCAAUGAUUUAUGGGCAAAAAUAGAAAGGGAAUUUAUUGAAAAAGAGUUAGAAAAACGCAGAAUUUCUGUACAAACUGCUUUAAAACAUUCAACUGAACCUAAUAUCUGGCCUUUGGAAUGGAUAUACCAAUUUGCGGCCUGGAAAAGGCUAAACGGAAAAGUUCUCUCAACAGAUUCCUGGCCGUGGGAUCUUAAUUUAAUCAAAAUAGCGAAUCUCGAUGCGAAUGAAUAUUCCUCAGCGGCCGCAAUAAAUUAUUUAUGGGCCGAUAACGAUGUAUGGUCUAUAUUAGAGGAUAAUGCAUGUUGUGAACGGCAAUUA